ACCGCUCCUACAGUAAAUAUUUGUGUUUGCCCAGCCGGCUGUAAUGGUGGACGAGUGAGGGGAAGGGAAAACGGAAUACAACUCGAGUGAAGAGGAAAACGGUCGAAAGUCUGCUUGAAGGUCAGCCGCCGCGACUAGGACACGGGCUUCGUCGAAAAUGGAUGAACUUAAACAUCAAGUCAUGAUAAACCAGUUCGUCCUGACGGCGGGUUGUGCGGCGGACCAAGCGAAGCAGCUACUGCAGGCGGCACACUGGCAGUUCGAGACUGCCCUCAGUGCCUUUUUCCAAGAAACAAAUAUCCCAUAUGGCCAUCAUCAUCAAAUGAUGUGCACACCAGCCAACACACCAGCGACGCCCCCAAAUUUCCCGGACGCCCUCACCAUGUUCUCCCGACUCAAGGCAUCCGAAAGCUUCAACAGCAGCAGCCCCAUGGCGGCGUCCAUGGCCGCCUCACCUCCACCCCCCCAAGUCGGCGGCUGGGGGGUGUCACCGAACGUACCCAACGUGCCGCCGCCCCCGCAGGGACUCUGGACUCAGGGGCAACCCCCCACACAACCAUGCCCCGCUUGGCCCACGGGCGUCAACCCCCACGCCGGCGCCGAGCAAAAGGCUAGCGUAGCGAUGGAGGCAGAGAGAUGAAGAGUCACAACCGGGGACUGAACCCCUCGCCGCCGUCCCUUCCGCAUGGUUGGGACGGAGGCAGGGUGACCAUUUGAUAAUUUCUCUUUUCCCCCCUCCCCCAAACGAACGAACGGAUGGACGAAACAGAAUCUACGCAAAGCAAGAAAAGCGUUUAAGGAGUAAAACAAUGCAAAUAGAAACGUAAACAAAACAAAAGAUACGCACACACAUAGAAAUAAACAGUAUGAAGGUUUUUUUUCAAGAGAAAUAUUGGAAAAAAGACAAAAAAAACGUCUUGCCCAAGGAUUCUAUGUGAUGUUCAAUGACAUUCAAGGCAGCAAAUUUGUAGUUUUUUGUUCACCCCCCCUCUCCCUCCCCCUAAAAAACACUUCUUUUUACUAGCCAGUGUUUUUUUCCACUGGUCUUCUUGCGUUUCUGUCUGUGCUGCAUGACAAGAGAGGAACUUGCAAAUGCAGUCUUUUAGAGUGACUGAAUCAUCACACACUAGAGUGUGUGUGUGUGUGUGUGUGUGUGUGUAAGCUUGAGAGAGCAGGAUUGUGUUAUCAAAAUGCUUACACACCAAUAUAUAAAUCUAUAAAUGUAUACGUAAACACACACAUAAAAUCACACGUUAUCGCUUAGAGGAAAAACACCUCCAUAUUUUGUCAUCCCCAUCGUUAAGGCGGGGGCUUCUUACCUCACCUGGUGGUCACCUGACUUCUUUUUUAGCCAAUCAGGGAUUCUUCUUAAACCAACUGUUUCCUCUGACAACACAGGACAUGUUCUUUAAAAAUGUGCUUCUCCUAAAAGGCGCUAGCCGCUUUUGCUUCACGCUAUUUGCGGCCGAUUUUGAAAGCGAGUCUACUACAACUGUAUACUUUUAUGAGAUUAUGGGUUGUACAAGAAGAAAAAAAAAACAUCACUCAUGGUUUAAUAUAAUAUUGUUUGUAAAUGAUGAUAGUUUUAUUAUGUUGGAGGACUUAAGGGAGGUGGUUCUGCUAAAAAAAAAAAUAUGACUACUCCAUUUUUGUACACAAAUACGCCAUUUUGCAUGAUGUGUCUGUAACAUCUUUUAUAGCAAACAUACACGAUGUUUCCAAAGCUAAAUCAACUCACUUGAGUCAGAUCAUCUCAGACUGAUGGCAAAUUUGGUAGAGCGUCUUUGGUGGUUGGUAAGUGCAGGUUAAAAGAUGGGGGACACUUCCUGUAGGCUUCUUGGUCCCAAGGAUCAUAGGGUCACACUGAAAGGAAAAAAAAACAGUAAAUGUACAAAAAUCAUGCAAUUCCAAGAAUAAAGUAAAAAAUAUUAAGAGAAUAAAGCAAUAAUUUUUACAAACAUUAAAAAACAAACAAAGUGUGUGAAUGUUUUUGCUAAAUAUUUAAUAUGUAAUAUUUUAUAGCAAGGCUGUGGAUAGAUGGCUGGCUGGACUUUGAUCAGUAAAAUUGCAAUAAUGGCUUUAUUCUCAUAAUAUUUCACAAAGGUAUUUUUGGAGUUUUUUGUUGAAAAAUAGCAUUUCCUGAACAUUGUAGUAUUACAAUACUUUUCUCCAAACAAAUAUUCUAACUUCAUGAUUCCUUUCCUUUUUAGAAAAGUUAACACUUUAUCUUGAAACGCCAAUUUUGUUGUUGUUGUUGUUGUAUUGCUACUAUUUAUUUGACUUUCAGUGUGGCCCUUUGCCAUUUGGACUCCCUACAGACCGAAUUCUCGAUACAUCAGGGUUUUCCAAGAUGUAGAGGUGUAGUGUUGCCCAGGUUCUGGUCCUCUGAUAUGCUGAAGGUGGAGGGCAGCUCAGGGGGUGACCCUGAUUUAUGGCAAUAUAUUAUUAUUAUUAUUAUUACAUACAGGGUCCGUCCCUGCUUUUUAAUUUGUUUGUGUUAUUAUUAUUGUUGGGUUGUUUUUUUUUUUUCAUUUGAUAAAAGAAGUCGAGACACGAUAUUUUAACUAGCAGGUGUUUUUCUAAGAUUAAACAAAAGAUUUAGGGGAAUUCUGGAUAUAAUCAUGACUUAAUAACCAUGUUCCUUGAUAUGAUUUAGAUUCAACUCGAGCUUCAGUUCAUUUUCCCAAUGCUUCAUACUUUAUUUGGUUUCAAUCGGAGUGUUUCUGGGUUGGCUUGUUCAUAAAUGGUUUGUUCAUGUAUGUCCACACGCACCCCCACCCCCACUUUGUAUGACUGUAUAAGACCAUUCCCACAAUAUUUGUGGACUACCUGAUAAUUAACUUAUCAUUUUUGUGAACCUAAAUAAAUAUUGUUUGUCA